CACCAAUCUUGCGAUGGAACUAUCACAGUUGGAAUUAAAAGCGACUGAACCAAAUUCCGUAGAUCGUACAAUUUUGGAAGUUGUCGUUGCUAGUUAGCUGACAGUUAUUAAUAUUGGCUAGAUUCCCAUAAAACAUUAAAAAUGGCAGAAGAAACAGCUGAUGAAAACGGAAUGGAAGAAGAGGAAGCCGAAGACAGGCUCGAAGAGCAGGACGUUGAAGAUCCAGAUGCACUGGAAAUGUCGCCCACUAAAGAAGCGAAAUACCAACAAGUGGUAUACGGAACGAAAGUGGAUUACAUUUCCGGUUACGAUGUUGAUGGUUAUGAGGCAGUAUCGCGUGGAGUGUCCAGAACUAUCCCGACACAAUGUUUGGCCACAUUACUAUUUCGCGCCGCCAAAGGCGCAGUUCCCCACAUUUUAUUCGCUGUUCCUCAGCGGAUAAUGUGCAACUGCCUCUUUGUUAUCGACUUGAAGAAAUUGCCUAGGGAAACGGACUUAUAUUUUGACGGAUUGGGUACAUGGGAUCAGAACUGCGGGAAGAUAACCAGCUACUUCAGAUAUGUCAAUGGAGAAGCUGUGGAUGCCAAAGGCGAGAAGGAUGCGGUUAUGUUUUUGCGUCGAACGGACCGCAAUACCAACUGCAAAGCGUACACUCGCGUUGUGGUCAUUUGCAAAGACUUCGGUUUGGCCGCGGUGCAGUAUUACUUCAAGAAUGCGGAAGAGCAGAGCUUCGAAAUCACGAAUGCAAACCAGCGCGGAGUGCGCGUAUCGGCCAUGUACACCACCACUCGCGGAAUGAAAAGAAGGGCCGACGAAGAGCUGGACGAAGACGGCAAAUCCAACCCGCCUGCGGAUGAACCGGACACCGGGAAUCACUCCAUCGUUUCGCUGCCGAAGGAAGACGCUCCGCGGCGGACCAGAAGUGGAAUAGUGCAUUACGCCAGCCAGACUUCUGACAUCAAUGUGCCGGCGCAUUCGACCCGUAGCGCAUCAAAGCGAGCAUCCUCGGUGAACCGAACACUUUUGUACGGAAAUUCGAACCUUUCUGCUGAUAUCCCCGAUACAUUAACCCCUUCAGCAUUGCUGGCGUACUUAAAGACGCACGUGACCAUCGACCGGCAAGAGCGCGCUGAAGAUCGUGUUUUGCGACGUGCAGAGUUGGAGGCGCGUAAACAAGAGCGUGUGGACGAAAUGCGUAUCCGUCGAGAAGAAAUGGAGAGUUUACGCAAGGAGAAACAUGAGGAAAUAGAAAUGCGCAAACAGGAGUUGUCCCUGGAGAAGGCCAAACUGCAGCUGGAACAGCAGCGUUGGGAAUUGGAUCGGAAGGAGAAGGAAAUGUUUUUGGAGUUGUUAAAGAAGAAAUUAUUGGAUUGAUUUGGUUGGGCAGUUGAACCCGAAGCAGGUUUACCCGUGGGUUUUUCAGUAUUUUAUUUUUCUUCUGACAAGAUCUUCGUUACACAGCGUGGAGAUUGGUUUCAGCGUUUUUGUGCUCGUGUGUGCGAUGGUAUGUACGAAAUUGUUAUUCUGUGUGUCCGAAGUUAUUUUGAAUUUGGAAUAGGGCUUUUAUUUGUUAGUUGUUGUCUGCUGGCUUCGUCUUUGGCUUCCUUGAAAUAAACUUUGGUGAUUACGGUAUCGGAAUCCAGAUUUUGAAAU